UUGUAGUUGGUUGCUUUGCUUUUCCACCAAACCCCAAACCCAAACCCAAACCCAAACCCACAAGAGGUUUUAUAUAUAAACAAGAACCAAACGAAAAUUCGCAUUUUUUAAUUUUCUUUUUUUCUAAUGCAGUACUAGUUUAUUUCCGUGACGUAAAUUCGAAAUUCUUGUUAGUAUUCUGUAUAGAAACAAAGGGAAGAAAAGGAAGUAGACGUGUGGAAGAAUUCCUCUCCCUAGUGGAUCCAUCGACAGAUUGAGGUUUUGCAACAUCACAUUACUGAAUUUGAUGAUCUCAUAUUGGCAUGCGACCUAAGAUAUGGUGUCAAAGAAGAGGCUGGAUUAUGGAUUCAAUGGCUACCGAGCCCCCAUUAUUCCCAGAGCUCCUAGAUCAAUUAGGAGGAGAAGCCCACACAAGAAUUCGAUUGAAGACAGUAAACUUUGUGCCUUUGAAUUACUUGCAGCUGUAGCUGGUAAGUUGUUACAGGAGAGUGAAAGCUCUGCUUCCAGUAGUGUAGCCAACGGGAAAUUCCAGCCGGGCAUUUGCCAAGGUGGAAACAAGAAGGAGCAGAGUUUAGAUGAUAAAGCUUUGAAAUCGGAGAGCUUUGACCAUGGAAGUUGUGCUGAGAGUGCAUUUAUUCCGGAAAUUUCCGUUCCAGAGCAAAAUCAAUUAGAAAACAAUUCUGCCUUGGAACAGACUUCUGUACGUGCCACUUCUGAUAUCCGAAAGAAAGUUGAUUGUGACAUAAAACUAGGAACCAGUGAAGUCAAGAAUGCAGAUGGAAAUACCAUUUCUAAAGUUGAGGGUUCCAUCUGUUUUGGUGAUAGCUUAAACUGUAAGGUAGAGGGUGGAGCAGAAAUGCAUGCGAAGGAUGAUAAUAAUCAGAUAAUUGACUCAUCUUUGGCUGACACAUCCACUGUAAAGGAUCCAAUUGAAGAAGAUGUGAAUACUAAUCUACUAAUUAAAUCAGAGGGUAGUGUACAGUUGCCCUUGUAUAGGGACCCCAUUCCUGAUGCUUUAUUGCAAAAGCACUGGAAUAAUGUAAAAUUAGGAAUUAGAGAUGACGACGAAAAUUCUUUUGGGUGCAAUAAAUCUAGCACCAGGGUUAGGCCCUUUAGGCCACAACCACGUAUUGGACACCGUAGAAUAAGGAAGAUGCUGACGUCCAAAUACAGGAAAGUAGCUCCAAAGCUGAAGGGUUGUGGACUUUAUAGUGAGGGAAUCAGGUCCUUUUACCAGUAUAGAAAGAGAAUUUAUACACAAGAGAGAUUCCAACAAGCACCUAUCAAGAAAAGGAAGCUGUCUGAUCACACAUUCGCAGUUGCAUAUCAUCAGGAUACCAGCAGUGAUAGCAUCUCUAAUUUACCUGAGAAGGGGACGAAGAUAGACAAUGAGAGUAGCUCGGCCAACAUCUUGCAAAGAGCAAGUGGUACGUCAGCUACAGUCAGAGGUCAUCAAAAAGCCAAGGAUUCUCAUGUGAAAUUUAGCAUUAAGUCCUUCAGGGUGCCAGAACUUUACAUUGAGGUCCCAGAAACUGCAAGUGUCGGUUCUCUCAAGAGAACUGUGAUGGAGGCAGUUACUGCUAUUCUUGGGAAUGGAAUUCGAGUUGGUGUAGUUCUUCAAGGAAAGAAGGUCCGAGAUGACAAUAGAACUUUGCAGCAGGCUGGUAUUUCUCAGAGUAGCAACCUUGACACUCUGGGUUUUACAUUAGAGCCAAGCUUUUCACAUGUUUCCCCAUCCAUGGCUCCUAAAAAACUUCCGUCGGCAUUGCCAUGUGAUGCAGAUCAAGAGUUGCCUAGGUCUCCUGCUACUCCAAUGACUGAUUCAGGGAUUGGAAAUGGUGCGGUUGAUCCCCCUGUUGUCAACAAAUUCGAUGAUGUUAUGGACAACGACAACCUCAAUUUCUCCCCACAGACUCCUAAAAACGAACCAAAUGAUGCAUCAAUUCCCGACUCCAAGGCAUUGGUUCCAGUCCCUCCAAUGAACGCGGAGGCUCUUGCAAUAGUCCCAGUGAACCCCAAACCUAAACGUACUGAAAUUUCACAGCGUAGAACUAGGAGACCGUUUUCAGUAGCAGAAGUCGAGGCCCUUGUUGCAGCAGUUGAAAAACUUGGCACCGGAAGGUGGCGUGAUGUCAAACUAGGUGCUUUUGAGAAUGCAGAUCACAGAACAUACGUGGACUUGAAGGACAAAUGGAAGACCCUUGUUCAUACAGCAAGCAUAUCUCCUCAGCAGAGACGGGGCGAGCCGGUUCCACAGGAGCUCUUGGACCGAGUCUUAUCUGCUCACUCGUAUUGGUCGCAGCAUCAGUCGAAACAACAGGGGAAGCAUACACCGUCGGUGGAGUCCCUGAGAAGUGAGGAGAGCGUAGGAGUUGCUUGAAGGAUCACAAGUUGUGAUUGUCAAAAGUGUAAAAAGUUUACUGUUAUAGGAAAGUUGAUCACAUUGGAGUUGUAAAAAAAGGUGUAAUGCUUAAGUUUGAUUGUAGCUAAUAUCUCACACUCAUUUGUUUCCCUACUCUUUCAAUUACUUGGAAAAUAGACAUUCUUCUCUUUUGUAAAUUAUUGGUGGAAAAUAAAUGUGGUUUUAACAGCAA